CGAACGAAACUCUUUCGGAUAGAUCCUCAUCGACGCUAUCCUUAUUCAUCCUCUCCGUGCGAGCUAGUUAGCAAUGGAGAUGGCCAUAGCCACCGUAAAUCAAGUACAUUUUGCCCCUUACACGAGGCCAUUAGCCACCAAUUUCACUGCUGGUUCUGUUUCAGCUCUCGGUUUUGCUAUGCCUGCCGGUACUAAAUCUCAAGCUCUCACGCGCUCCAAACGCGGCCGACGUUUUAUCACGCUUGCUUCAGUUGCGCCGGUCGAGGAGAAGACCGAAACAAAGACUGCUGUCAUCAGAAUUGGCACCAGGGGAAGCCCACUUGCCCUUGCACAAGCUUAUGAAACCCGAGACAAACUGAUAAAUUCGCAUCCCGAGCUAGCUGAGGAUGGGGCUAUCCAAAUCGUGAUCAUUAAGACGACUGGCGACAAAAUCUUGAGUCAGCCGCUGGCAGAUAUUGGUGGGAAGGGCCUAUUUACCAAGGAAAUAGACGAGGCUCUCAUUAACAGUGAUAUCGAUAUAGCUGUACACUCCAUGAAAGAUGUCCCCACAUAUCUCCCUGAAAAGACGAUACUUCCCUGCAACCUCCCUCGGGAGGAUGUCCGUGAUGCUUUCAUCUGCCUGAGUGCCAACUCUCUAGUCGAGCUGCCAGCAGGAAGUGUUGUAGGCACGGCUUCAUUGAGAAGGAAGUCGCAGCUUCUGAAUAGGUAUCCAUCCCUAAAGGUGCUGGAGAAUUUUCGAGGAAAUGUCCAGACAAGGCUAAGAAAGCUGAAUGAGGGGGUUGUCCAGGCAACACUACUUGCACUAGCAGGUUUGAAGCGCCUAAACAUGACAGAAAAUGUGACUUCAGUACUAUCCAUUGACGAAAUGCUUCCUGCUGCUACUUACCUGUCGUCCUUGAACCAUGAGGAUACAAGACUAGCAGUCGCAUGUGAAAGGGCAUUUCUGGCAAAAUUGGAAGGAUCUUGUCGAACACCGAUAGCUGGGUAUGCCCGUCGAGAUGAGGACGGUAAUUGUGUUUUUAAAGCACUUGUGGCAUCCCCUGAUGGAACUCGAGUACUUGAAACCUCGCGAAAGGGCACGUAUACUUAUGAAGAUAUGAUAAGGAUGGGUGUGGAUGCUGGUGAGGAACUUCUGUCAAAAGCAGGUCCUGGUUUCUUUGAUCAAUGAGCAGUUGACCUAUAAAAUAAUGGUGAUUCUGAUAUAUGAUUAUUUGGUCCCUUUUGAGGUUUAGCAAUUAGGCUGUAGUGCCUAUGUGGUUUUUGUGAGUUCUAGCAGGAAAGAU